CCACAAAACUCAUCUUUCACUAUCGUUAUACUUUGAUCGCGGUUACCAGCAGAGAGUUAACAUCCACUUGCUGUACUUGUAGAUUUAAAAGGAUUUCUACCUCUGGAUAAUAAAAAUUAGGAUUUGCCUUGAAAUAAACGUAAAAGAACUUCCUUCCUUGUGGAAUGAAAGCAUUCAAACUUACACUACAGCGAGUCUCAAUUCUCUACUGAAAGAUUUCAUACUUUUACUAUUCCUGAUUACCAAAGAUUCUCACUAUGUUAGUCAGAGUAGUUAUUAUUUUUUCAGUGUGUUCGUGGACUUUAUGUGUUCUAGCCAAAGAAAAAAAUCCAUUGGACAUGAUUGAACCUCAGCCAACAGAUUACGAAAAUAUGACAAUUUUAGAAAGAUGGCAAAAUUUAGAGAAAGGUAUGAAACGAGUUGCUAAUUCUAUGGUGAAACUGAUUCUCCCAAAGUUGAUGGAAGGCUCAGAGAAAGUAAAUUUUACUUCACAAUGUAUGAGAGACUCGAUGCAGUUGAUUUCGGGGCUGAAAACUAUUAAACCAUGGGCACUGAGAUUCAUAGAUUCAAGUUCCAAACUCAUGGAUGGCAUGCUUGUUGGUUCCUUGUCUUCAUUCGGCGCUUAUGACGAAUGCGUCGACACGGUAGCCAUGAGCAGUAGAAGCAAGAAAGAACUUUUUAGAGGCCAGUAUUGCACCCUAGAUUUGAAACCUCCUAUUCCACCUAAGAAAGAUUUCUACAAAUUAGAUGAAGUGUUGGAUGAAUUGAAAAAUUUCUCUAAAGGAGAAUCGGUCGUAAGUGAGGCUGCAAAGUACGCCCAUUUCUUCCAUUUCCUGUCGCUACGUUUAGGUAUAUGUGUUCCGUCUGGAUGUACUCUGGAGGACAUCGAUAAAAUGGCUAAAGAAUUAGGAAAAUGGCUGGGAUUUAGUGCUCAAGCAUCUAGAUGUGAAGUGAAAGAAGAAAACAAAUUUACUCCAGUAACCGUUUUUGUCAUAUCCGCCUAUGCGUUUGCUGGGUUUCUGAUGUUCAUAGGCUCGAUGAUUGAUAUAUACUGCUAUUAUACAAAAGUGAUUUUUAGACAUAAAGCAAUACGGAUUCUCUUGGCAUUCUCCUUGAUUACGAAUUUCAGGAAAUUUUCGAAUACAGAAACAUCCUCUGAUACUUUGAGGUGCUUGAAUGGCGUUCGUUUCCUCUGCAUGUCUUGGAUUGUACUUGGACACACUUACCUUAACGUCAAUUUCCAGAUGUUUCUUGGGUUAGAAAAGGUCAGAGCAUAUGCCAGAGAUUUUGCUUUCCAAGCUGUGAUCAACGCAUCCGUAGCUGUAGAUACAUUCUUUUUCAUAGGGGGCUUACUUGUUUGCUAUGUCACAAUAAAACUGGUUAAAGGAGGUCAUCCUUUCAAUAUCAAGUUAUAUAUAUUUCACAGAUUAUGGAGAAUUCUUCCAGUGUACGCCUACGUCAUCCUAUUCAUGUUCUUAGGAAACAUGUUGGGAUCUGGUCCUAUCUGGCAUGAUUCCACGUACAAACAUCUGAAGGCAUGCUGGGAUAACUGGUGGACAAACUUAAUAUUCAUAAACAAUUUUUAUAAUUCUGAGCAAAUGUGCAUUCCUCAAAGUUGGUACAUUGCAUCGGAUGUUCAACUGUAUUUGGCUGCAUUGCUCAUUUUAUUGCCUCUUCUAAGGUGGCCAAAAAUUGGUUUGUCUCUAAGCGUUUUGACAAUUUUAGCUUCUGUAGUGUACGCGGGCGUUGGUACCUACGUCAAUCAGUAUCCGCCAACUAUGCUGUUUGCUCAUCCUGAUCCAAACCAAAGGAUUGCCUACUGGGCACACUUUUACUUUAGGCCAUUCGUUCACGCUGGACCGUAUUGCAUUGGAAUAUUAGCUGGUUAUCUUCUAGCUACGAAACCUGAUUUAAAAAUUCCUAGGGUUAUUCAACUGGUUGGAUGGUGCCUAGCAUUCGUCUUUAACUUCUCAGUUUUGUACGGUGUAUGGGAAUGGAAUAAAGGAGCAGAGCCAUCUUUUUGGGAAUCCAUGUUUUACGCUAGCCUUAACAGAGUAGCUUGGACACUUGGAGUUGCAUGGAUGAUAGUGUGCUGUGCAACUGGUCAUGGAGGUGUCAUUAAUUAUAUCCUGUCUUGGAAAUGCUUCGUUCCGUUAGGUCGUCUUACUUUUAUAGUCUACCUUAUUCACCCUAUAGUACAAAUUGCUGCAGUGGGAAAUGUACGGACUCAAAUACAGCCUGAUCAUUUCUUUGCAGUAUGGGUCUAUUUUGGUCAUCUUUGUGUAACAUACGGCAUUGCAUUUGCGGGCACUAUGCUGAUUGAAGCGCCUUUCUUGUCUCUAGAAAAGAUUAUUAUUCCAAGAAAGGGUGAAAAAGAAGACGUGCCUUCCGCGAAGGAAAAUAAUAUUCUCAAAGGAACUCUUCAGCUGGAGAAAAAUGGCGAUAUAGCUAUUAUCGUUCCCAAUGACUCUGAAGAAUCUUUAGGAAUCGAUAACAAAGCAAUUAUAUACAAAUUGUAAUUGAUUGCUUUAAGAAAACCAAAUACAUUGUGCCAAAGGCGGUUAGCAUAUAUAUAUAUAUAUAUAUAAUUUGGAUUUUUUUUCUUAGCUAUACUCAAAAUUGCAAAUGAUAAUUAUAUAUUCUGUUCUAUAUUUAUAAAUAUAAUGUCGAUUUUUUUUCUUAGCUGUACUCAAAAUUACAAAUGAUAAUUUUUCUUUUUGGAAAUCAUAUUACUUUCAGAUAUCCAUGCACAAAAACAGUUAGCUGAUUUAUAAGUUAACAUAACUGUAAUCCAGGCACGCCAGAUUCAGUAUUUCACGUGGACAAAAUAGCCAUCAGUCUAUAGAGUGCGAACCGCUUGAAACAAAGUCAUUUUCAUAUUUAAUGAUAUAAUAAAAAAGUAAAAUUGUACGUAAAAUUAUACUUCUUAAAACAAAUAAAAGGAAAAUAAGGAAAUCUACGUUAAUGAACGUAUACCUAGUGUUUCGUUCAGGACAUCAGCGAUAGUUUAGCUGCAACUAGCUUUUGGCCGUCUGAGACGCUGUUUACACUAAAACUGUCAGAACAAAGAUCAUAUGAAUGUCGUUUGUCUAGAUAUCGUUGGGUAUUUCAUAGGUGAGAAAAGCUGUUCAAUUCAAGCAGACUAGAACAGCUACUGUAACUUCCUUGGUUCAACUAGUAUCUACCGGUAGAAUAUGAAAAUUACUUGAGAUACAAAUCUGCAGCUUCCUGAGAACUACACAGGCAAGUACAUGUAAAAUUCGGGGAUACCCACUUCACUGGAUUUUUGCUUUAGAAAUUAUGUUCUACCGAAUUUCUAAUAAUUCCAUCUGCAAAUAGGCUGUUACUUCCUCAACGUCAGUUGAGGUAAUAACAGAGUCUCUAGAGUCCUAUUUAGCAUCUGAGAUUGUACAUAUCAUAUUUUCAUAUUAAGUGAAAUUACAAUUUUGAUUAAUGUACUAGAAUUUUAUAUUUUUCAUUAAUUCUCGAAGUGCGUCUCCGAACAAUGAGACAAGUCUCGUAAGUCUUUAUAUGCCAUAAAUGUAGCUGUCACAUGCAACAACAAGUUAAUGUAUGUACGGAAAAAAUACUGCAUAUAAAAAGUACAAUUCCCAUUUAAAGGAAUAAAAACAAUUUUUUUUAGCUAUACUGUAUUAGAACAAACUAAAAGUUUGAAUAUCGUUACAUAGAAAUAAAAGCUAGGCUAAUGGAAACCUAAAAGUUCUAUAUUGGAAAAUUUUACAAUCCCAUCACAUAAAAGGAAAAGCAAAUAAUUUGCUAUAUAUUCCGCAACAUUUUACGUAUGAUUUGUUUAAUAGGUACUUAAAUUACCUUGCCAUUUGAAAACGUUUACAUUUAAAAUCUUUUUCGAAUUCUUGACUUUAAAGAUGUGAAAUGUAUUCCCUCUAAAUGUACAAGAGAUUGUGGAAAUUUAAUAAGUGAAAAACAACAUCGGAGAAGCGUCUAGUCAAUAAAAUCAAAUUAUGAACUUGUAUUUACAUAACUUGUUAGUAUUUAUCAAAAAUGCAAUGAUAUGCAACAAUUACUUACAUGGUUGGUUAAUGAAGAUAACAUAGAUGGUUAACAUAGUUGGUUAACAUAGAUGGUUAAUUACAUCGUAAAUGAUAUCUUAUAAUACUUACUUGGUAAACUUUAAUGGUUAUAUGCAUGGUUAAUCAUAUCACAUGGAAACACUUACUUACAUGGAUAAAAGUUUCUUCACGUGGAUUCAGAAAAAUACAAUUAAAAAAUAUUGUAUUUUGUUGAAAUUUACAUAAUUUAAUUUUUACAAUGUAAAUUUUAUUAUAAAAA